AUGGAGAGGACUAAAUCGCAAAAGUGGCCUCGAACGCUGAGCGAUGAGGAUUUUUUCGGCAAAAACUUCCUCCGCCCAGAAUAUGAAGCUUCCCCACUAACUCAUCUUGAAAGCACGGAGUCAAGAUAUAUGGAUCAACCAAUGCCUUUGCCGAUGACUGCAAGAGGCCACAAUGCUGAGCAAUGCACCCAUGGUACCGCCAAGUGCAAAUAUCAUUUUGCACUAGCGGUGAUGAGGAUCGUCUUGAAAAUUGGGGCGCACAUAGACGCCCUGGAAUCACUCAUUGGUUGCACUCCUCCGGACUCGGAUAUUUUGGAAGAGAAUGACGAGCUUGACAAGUGGCUGUGUGAGAGACCAGACAUCAAUCUAGAGGCUACUAACUACGAUGAGCAGACUGCCUAUCAACGGAACUUGCCAUACAAGGGUAUCCCACCCUUGAAUGUGAGAAGAAGUGAUAGAAUUGCUAAGAUAAAACGUUUUUCGCCUAAGUCAAAAUCAGUAAGCCAAAAAAAUACGUUAAAAAGCCGUGUGAGAAGGUUGAGUUUUGGUUUAGAGUGA